UCUGGGAAUGGAGCCUUCGUGUGUCUGUGAGGGAGGUACGGGGUGUGUGUGUGGAAUGGUGGUGGGUUGGAGGUAACCUGCUGAUCGAUCGCAUUCUCUGUCACACAUACUUUCUGCCUCACACACACACAGAGCGACACACGCAGGGGGCGUUUUUCUCCCUCUCCAUUAGAAACAACGGACGGCCAGGCGGGAGAGCUGCAUCUUCUGUUUAGGUAGUUAUAGCUGGAGCGUAUACAGCUACUGGCCUCUACUGCCUGCUUACAUCUGUCAGCUGGCCGCCCGAUACGUGGAUCCUUUUGUGUCCGACUUCCAUUGUGCCAUCUAUUGUGGGGGCUAAAGGAAACCGCUGCCAGUGGACAAGAUGAAAGAACACAGGGGCUGGGACCUCAAAGGCUUACUGAAGAGGAACUGGUUGCUGAUUGCGACCAUUGUGUCGGUGCUGUUAGGGAUAGGCCUUGGGGUGUUGGUUAGGGAAUAUGCCUCCCUUUCCCACCUCGAUAAGCAGUAUUUUGGAUUCCCGGGAGAUAUCCUGAUGCGGAUGCUCAAGCUGGUCAUCCUGCCCCUCAUCAUCUCCAGCAUGAUAACAGGAGUGGCCGCCCUGGAUUCGGAUGUUUCCGGAAAGAUAGGUUUGAGGGCUGUGGUUUAUUACUUAACCACCACCAUCAUUGCAGUCCUUUUGGGUAUUGCAUUGGUGAUAACCAUCAAACCUGGUGUCUCUCAGAAGGCAGAAAACAUCGACAGGACAGAGGUCACACAAAACGUCAACACUGUCGACACACUACUGGAUCUUGUCAGAAACAUGUUUCCUGAAAACAUAGUGCAGGCUUGUUUCCAACAGUACAAGACAAUGCGCAAAGAGUUGGAACCCUCUAAAGUGAAGGAGAACACUACAACCACAAUGUUCCCUCCUCUCUCUACCACUGUCAUGGCAACCAUUCUUCCCCCAGAGAACAUCAGCAAGGACUAUAUAAUAGUCGGGUCAUAUUCUGAUGGGCUCAACGUGCUGGGCCUCAUCGUGUUCUGUGUGGCGUUUGGUCUCGUCAUCGGCAAGAUGGGUGAAAGGGGACGCAUCCUGCUGGAGUUCUUUGAUGCUUUAAACGAGGCCACCAUGAGGCUAGUUCAGAUUAUCAUGUGCUAUAUGCCAGUGGGGAUACUCUUCCUCAUCGCUGCCAAGAUCAUCGAGGUAGAAGACUGGGAAAUCUUCAGGAAGUUGGGCAUGUACAUGGUGACAGUUUUGAGUGGCCUAGCUAUCCACUCUACUGUUUUUUUGCCACUGAUCUACUUUGUCAUUGUGAGGAAGAAUCCGUAUACCUUUGCCUUGGGGAUGGCUCAGGCACUGGUCACUGCUCUCAUGAUCUCUUCCAGCUCUGCCACCCUGCCCGUCACCUUCCGCUGUGCCGAAGAGAACCUCCGGAUCGACAAGAGGAUCACCCGCUUCGUGUUGCCCGUGGGCGCCACCAUCAACAUGGACGGUACAGCUCUCUACGAGGCCGUCGCUGCCAUCUUCAUUGCCCAGCUCAACGACUAUGAUCUUGACGUGGGUCAGAUUGUCACCAUCAGUGUAACAGCAACAGUAGCCAGCAUCGGAGCCGCCGGUGUACCUAACGCUGGCUUUGUUACCAUGGUGAUUGUGCUGACUGCCGUUGGACUACCGGCAAAUGAUGUCACUUUAAUUAUUGCUGUGGAUUGGCUGCUAGACCGCUUCCGCACCAUGAUCAACGUGCUGGGAGAUGCCUACGGAGCUGGCAUUGUUCAGAAGCUGUCCAUGCGGGAGCUGGAGAGGAUGGACGGCACCUCGGUCGUGACUAACCCUUUCGCCCUGGGGACCACGCUGGACAACGAGGAGUGUGAGAAGAAGUCCUAUGUCAACGGCGGCUUCACCGUCGACAAAACCGACGCCAUCUCUUUCACUGAGACCUCCCAGUUUUAGGAGGAAGGGGGGGGAGCAAAGAAGUGCCAAUGCUGCUAGAUGUUUAGCCUGGUUCUGUUUGUUGCCUGGUUCUAGUUCUGUGACCAACAUUUCCUGUUGAUGCAGGAUUACUGCUGGAGGAUUAUUUUCCUGCUGUAGCACACUGGCUCAAAUUAAGAUCCUACAUCUGUAGCAAUAUCAGCCACCACCAUCUGUUCUAUCUUGAUUCUCUUUCCAGCACUGUCCCCGAUGAUCAGUAUGUUUUUUAACCACAAGUGAAAAUCCUCAGCAGCCCUUAAAAUGAGCUGGGCUGUAUCUGAAAUGACACCCUAUUGCCUAAAUAGGCCCUGGUCUAAAGUAGUGCACUAGUCGUGCACUGUAGAGAAUGAGGUGCCCUUUGGGAUGAACCCAUGCUCUCUUUUACCAAAAGAGCUUCCAUUGUUAUGUUGACAUAGUGCCGACAAUGUACACAGUCACUUUUGAAUGAAUCAAUACUUUUGCUAUUGUUUUUACAUAGAGGGAACAAAGGGGACUACAAGAGCCAGAGCUUUUGAAAUUCAUACCUACAGCGCGUGGGUGUAACUGAAAUAAUAUAUGGCCAGACUGAGCUGUGCAUAUGUAUUGCAAAAAAUAGCAUGGAAGAAGAAAUAACUAUUCUUGAUGUUCAAUACACUGUAUAUUGCAAAGACUCAAACAGACUUUGUUUGCUCUUCAGAAGAUGACUACUCUUUGCAAAUUAUUUUGUGUGUGACUUUUUAUUUCGUUUUGUCCAUUUUUGUUCUGGGGGGGUCAGAUACAAAGACAACCCCAACCCAUUCCACCCACCCGCCCGCAUUCUCCCUCCCCACUCAGAAAGCAUGCCUCCCACCCCAUCUAGCCCUCCCCACUCAGAAACCAUGCCUCCCAUCCCAUCUAGCCCUCCCCACUCAGAAACCAUGCCUCCCAUCCCAUCUAGCCCUCCCCACUCAGAAACCAUGCCUCCCACCCAUCAGCCCUCCCCACUCAGAAACCAUGCCUCCCAUCCCAUCUAGCCCUCCCCACUCAGAAACCAUGCCUCCCACCCCAUCUAGCCCUCCCCACUCAGAAACCAUGCCUCCCAUCCCUUCCCAUCUCACCCAGCAACAGAGGUUGUCUAUCAGUCCCCCCCCAUCCCCCAACAACAUCCAGAGACCCCCGUACCACCCCUUCCCCGUGGGCCUGAAAGCGAGAAAAAAAAAGUUAAUAAAAGCAAGUUGAAAUAAAUAUAAUUGGUUUGUAUGUGUGGAGCUUUAGCUGAGAUUGUUCUUUAAAUAGUCAUGUAUAUUUGUUGGUGAAAGUUAAUGUUCUUAAGCUUUACAAUAUGUGCCAAACAUCUUAUUCAUUAACUUUAUAUCAUUCAUCCAUGUAAUUUUAUUGCAUGAAGCAAUAUUACAAAUAAAUACAGUGGGAAACUUGUAAUGAACAUAGACCUGCUGAAUGUCUUUUUCAAGUGACCAAUAGCCUUUAAGAAAGUAGAGUUGAUGGGCACACUAACGAGAUUUGAGUUUAAUUGAAUACUGUGAAAUAUUUUCAUAAUGAAUUGCUAAAGAGGAUGGAUGACUUUUUAAUAAGGAUUGUCUUGACAAUAAAGGCUUUCUGAUAAACGCUAA